AUGUCUUUCCAUUUCCAGAUAUCAGAUGAAGAUAAUGAAGCGUUGGAUAUUAUUUUGGAUUCCGCCAAGAAAGUUCUAAACAGUCAGGAUUCAUCUCAACAUCCACUUGAAAAAGAAAUAAAUUUGUCACAUUUUCUCCCACAGAAUAGGUAUAAUUUCUAUAGAUACGAAGGUUCUCUGACGACACCAACGUGCGACGAAGUUGUUUUGUGGACUGUAUUCGAACACAGCCUGCCAAUAUCUGAUGAACAGCUGAAAAUUUUUCAAAAAACUCAUACUACUGGCGACUCUUAUCUGAAGAAAAAUUAUCGUGCAACAAAGCCACUGGGAGAUAGAAUGCUGAAAUAUAACGAUUUCGAAAUGACUAGUAAUGCACCAAUAUUUGGAGUUUCGAAACUUUUAUUAUCGACUGCAUUUGUGGCACGAAGCUUUUUUAAUAUAAGUUUUUGA